AUGACCUCCCUGCCAGCCCUGAGGCUCUGGGUGGGGACGUUGGUGGUCAUGCUGGUGGCUGAGCCGCCUGGAGCUCUGCAGAAGUGCAUCUUUGAUGAGGUUCAGGCUCAGGUCCGAGUGGUCAGAGCUGCACGGAUCAACCCCCACAGCCCCCCCGAUGAGCCCACACCCGCACCCCUGACUGGGCCACGGCACCAGAGGAGCAGCCUGGGAGAGAUGACCCCUUCUGCUCCUGCCUCGCCACAGCCAAUCAGGAUCCACACCUGGAUUCCGAGAGAGAGCGACCACCUAUCAGACGCAGAGAAGGGGAGACUGGAGGAAGCAGUGGAGGAGGCUGUGAGGGUGGUGUCGUCUUUACUGUCAGUGAACAGGGUUGUUGGUCCUUUGCUGCUCAGCAGAGACGUCAACAAAUAUUGCAAGUUCAUCUGGAGCAAUUCAAGAACAAGCAACUACAACAGGUGUGGUCGAGCCAACAACAACUACAGGAACGAGACGUGUCUGGACGUGACAAUCCCAGAUCAGCACCUGUCUGGAUGUGAUAUUUACCCGGAGCCUGACUCACCGCUCAGGACUGUGCUCAGACCUGAAGGUGCCGGACUCCCCGACACCGACUUCCUGCUCUACCUCCACACACAGUCCACUGACAAGUGUCGGGCAGAGCCCAGUGUGUUGGCAUACGCUGCCCACUGCCAGACGGACACCCAGGGGCGACCUGUGGCCGGGGUGGUGGUCAUCUGCAGGGACAGACUCUCAGAAGCUGCCUACAACCACCAAGCUACAGUACAGACUGUGAUUCACGAGCUGUUCCACGCUCUGGGCUUCUCUAGAGAUCUCUACCACACCUGGAAAGACUGUUCAUCCUCAGCUCCAGCACUGGGCUCUGGAUGUUCACCUCGGGGGAAAGUGGUUCACUCUGAUGGAUCAGGUCAGAUGAGGAUCUACACCUCUUCCGUCCUCUCGGCCCUGCAGACGCACCUGAUGUCCCCUGACCCGGAGCUGGGAGGCCCGCUGGAGAACCUGGAUGCACCAGGCAGAGCGUCCUCUCACUGGGAGGCCCGAGUCCUGCGGGGGUCCAUCAUGGCUGCGGAGCUGGAGGACCCGGCCACGGUCCGGAUCGACCCGGUCACUCUAGCUGCUCUCCAGGACACAGGCUGGUACAGGGUGGAGCUGAGCCGGGCACAGAGUCUGGUCUGGGGUGACAGUGAAGGAGCCUCGUUUGGUUCCCUGUCAACCUGCCAUCACAACUCUUCAUCCUUUUUCUGCACCGGCAGUGGACUUGGGUGUCAUUUUCUUCACCUCCACAAGGGCGAGUGUCAGACUGAUCCAUACCUGGAGGGGUGUCGAGUAUUUAAACCCCUAAAGAAUUCAAGUGAAUGCUGGAAAAAGGAGAACACCAGGCCGACACCUGAGCUCGACUGGAGCGGGGAGAUUUGGGGCCUCGGCAGCCGUUGCUUCUCCUCCAACCUGACCAGACAGACGCAGUUCCUUGAAUCGAGCGGCUCAGUGGAGGGCCGCUGUUACAGACACAGAUGUACUGGACCGAACAGAUACCAAAUCCAGGUGUCUGGCUCUGACUGGGUGGACUGUCCCCCAGGGGGCGCAAUUCAGAUAAAUGGAUACCAGGGUUUAGUGUUCUGCCCCGACAGGAGGUUGUGCCUUUACCCGGAUAUCACUCCUCCCUCAGAUGAUGUUGGUGGAUUUCCUCCUUCCAACACAAGUGACCCUGAAGGGAUGAUGAACCCAGCCCAGGACGGCGGCGGGUCGAGCCUCAGGCCUCACACAGAGCUCAGUGUGGCCUCGGCGCUCGGCUUCACGGCCGCUCUGUGUCUCCUGGCUGCUCUGGCUGUGUCUUACAGGAAGUGUCGCUCCUGCAGGAACAGGGUUCGCUCUGUUCCAGACGAUCACAGUGACCUUUAA